GCUAAAUCUCCAAAGUGACAGAUCACAACUAAUUCACCUAUGUAGUCCUCAGCUUGUUUGCUAAAGUGCAGUAGAAAUUCCGUUAGAUUGUUAGCAAACAUCCAAAGCGACAUUUUGUUUUAAGCACAGGUCAAAUUAACAGUGGCUUAAAAAACACGGUAGUAGUAGUAGUAGUAGUAGUAGUGCAAGGCCCUGGAUGGAUAGCCUGGACCCUGAAACCCUGUAUGUGUCUCCGGAGCAGACUGGACAGCCCACACUCCCCCUCCCUAACUCAGAAGUCUCCAACUUGGCACUAGGGGGUGGAAAGAAGAUGAAUGGGUCUUUGGACCACCCCGACCAACCAGAUGUUGAUGCCAUUAAGAUGUUUGUGGGACAGAUUCCACGGUCCUGGUCUGAGGAGCAGCUUCGUGAGCUAUUUGAGCCUUAUGGAGCUGUCUAUGAGAUUAAUGUUCUACGAGACCGCAGCCAGAACCCACCACAGAGCAAAGGCUGCUGUUUUAUAACGUACUAUACUCGCAAAUCUGCCUUGGAAGCACAGAAUGCUCUGCACAACAUGAAGAUUCUGCCAGGGAUGCACCACCCAAUCCAGAUGAAGCCAGCUGACAGUGAAAAAAACAAUGCAGUGGAGGACAGGAAGCUGUUUAUUGGAAUGAUCUCCAAGAAAUGUAACGAGAACGACAUCCGACUGAUGUUCUCACCGUACGGACAGAUAGAGGAGUGCCGGAUACUUCGAGGCCCUGAUGGACUGAGUCGUGGUUGUGCAUUUGUGACAUUCACAGCUCGACAAAUGGCCCAGUCAGCCAUCAAGUCCAUGCACCAGUCCCAGACCAUGGAGGGUUGUUCAUCACCCAUCGUGGUGAAGUUUGCAGACACUCAGAAGGACAAGGAGCAGAAGCGCAUGGCCCAACAGCUGCAGCAGCAGAUGCAACAACUCAGUGCUGCUUCCAUGUGGGGAAAUCUCACUGGGCUCAACAGUCUUGGGCCACAGUACCUAGCACUCUACUUACAGUUAUUGCAACAGUCAGCCUCGACAGGGAAUGCGCUCAACAACCUGCAUCCUGUUUCAGGCCUUAAUGCCAUGCAGAACCUGGCUGCUUUAGCAGCAGCAGCAACUGCCACACAGGCCACGGCCACAGGCUCCAGCGCCAUGACAACAUCUAGUAGCCCACUAAGUGCACUAACAAGCUCAGGCUCCUCCCCAACCUCCAGCAGCAACUCAUCAGUGAACCCCAUGGCUUCUUUGGGGGCCCUGCAGUCUCUGGCUGCUGGUUCUGGAGCUGGUCUCAACAUGGGCUCCCUUGCAGGCAUGGCAGCACUAAAUGGCAGCCUUGGUUCUGGAGGCCUGUCUAAUGGCUCAGGAAACACCAUGGAGGCACUGAGCCAGGCCUACUCAGGCAUCCAGCAGUAUGCUGCUGCUGCCCUCCCCAGCCUGUACAACCAGAGCCUGCUGUCCCAGCAGAGCGUCUCAGCAGCAGGCAGCCAAAAGGAAGGUCCGGAAGGUGCCAACUUGUUCAUCUACCACCUUCCCCAGGAGUUUGGAGACCAGGACCUGCUCCAGAUGUUUAUGCCCUUUGGAAAUGUCAUCUCUGCUAAAGUCUUCAUUGACAAACAAACAAACCUCAGCAAAUGUUUUGGCUUUGUGAGCUAUGACAACCCUGUGUCAUCGCAGGCAGCCAUCCAGUCCAUGAAUGGCUUCCAGAUCGGUAUGAAGAGGCUGAAGGUGCAGCUGAAGCGCUCAAAGAAUGACAGCAAGCCCUAUUGAAGGUGCUGAGGCACUGCAGACUUAGUUAGGCAGGGUGGUGUUAUGGUAAGUGGAGUAUGAAUAAGCAACUAAGACUGGUCCACUCAGAAACUUGUCUGUGCAUUACAGGGUGAUGUCUGCUGCGCUGCGUCUCCUGGUCAUGAUAACAUGUCCAGGCAAAGAGACACAUGAAGCUACAUGCAAGAUUUUUCAGGCUAGACUGGAUUCUUCCUGUGUUAUGUUGUGGUUUAUGCACUUUGUUUUCCUUUUAACAAAUAAGAAAAACAGGUGUAUUUUCUUUUAAGUUAAAAUGUUAUCAGUUUGCUGUGGUACAUAAUACACAUAUGAGUUGAUUGUUAGGAUGUGUUGCUCAUUGACAGUCAGGUGCCAAAUCCAUCUGUUUUUACUUCCUGUUCACCUUCCCCUGCACCACCCAGGUCCAGCGUUAACCUUCUGAAAGCAGGCAGCAGCUGGAAAACACAGCACUAUAUUUGAUUAGAAAACGGAAAUCAUUGCUAGGUUUUCUUUUACAUUUUCAAAAACCAAAAUGUGUGGCUUUCCCCUAAUUAUGCAUUAGGUAUUUGUAUGAUCUCCUGUCAUGGAGACAAUGUCUGUGAUAUCCACCUAAAUUAUUUGUAAGGCUUAAGGUAAGGUACAGAAGGAGGAGCUCCACCAAAACAUGCAGACAUUUAGACAUUUAGUAUUUGUCAUCAUUCUGCAGGAGGCAGCGAGGAGCUUUUGCACUCAGAGGCUUGUCUCUGUUAACUGGACUGCCACCUGUUUGAGCUACAUCUACGAUGAUACACUGAUGCUUGACUUGUUGUCUGGGUGUAGUGGCAGUUGCAUGGCUUACACGUAUUGGGUGGCCUCAGGAGAGUGGCUAGACUUUUGCACAUGGGUCAUUUUGUAUACAAACAUUGGCUGGAACCCAUUUCUGUAUGACAUUGAUAUUUGCAUGCAGAUCAUUGCAUUUCAUGUUUUUUUCUUUAUCUGGAGGUUAGUGAAGGCGUUUAUCUAACGCAGUUAAAAUUGCAUGUAGUGAAGAAGUUGUGAAGUGUAGACCUUUCCAGAAGACUUAACGCAGCAUGUUUUGGUGGUGCUCCUCCUGUGCUUCUGCAUUCUGAGUGACAGCUUGUGACUGUGAAGACCGAACUGUCUUCAGAGCUGUCACAUCAGCAAUACUGUGAAAUUUGGCAAUAAAAACAAACAUCACAGGCUUGUUCCAUUCAACUUAAUAUCCAAAAGUCCAUUUAACGCAGAUGUAACGCUUUGUAUAAAUACAUUAUAUGGUUUUAGUUUAUACCUUGAAUCCAGGUGUUUUGUAAAAAAUCAUCAACAUCCCUCAGCUACUGUCCUGCUGGCUAGCGGCUAGCUAAUCUAUAGAGGGCUACACCACUAUGUCUCUCACUGAAUAUCUUCUGUGAUUGGAGAAUUCAUAUAAAUGUCAAAUUGCUCGAGGCAGACCUGUUAGUUGCUUAGACUUGCAAGAAUGUGUUUUUUAUAGAACUAGGAAGCAAGACAAUUGUUGAUGUAUAUUUAAACUAUUAUGCCUUUUCUAUUUUUAUAUAGGUUUUAUACUUCCCCUGUGUGUUGGGGAACUAUUUAUUGCCUAAAUUAUUUAUCUGAAUUGAAAUUAUUUUGAAAAACAAAUGUAAAGUCCAACAACUCCAUUUGAUCUCCUGGUGUGUGUCCUCUCCUUGCCUGUUAAGCGUUGUUUCCUUUUGGUGAUGUGUACUACGUGUCAUGUGGCAUGGACUGUGUGUGUAGGAUCCGUCAGCGCUGCUACAGACUUCAUAGAAUCCCUCUCUGUUAUACAUGCCUUCAUCUGAAUAAAUGGCUCAUUUUCCAAAAACACAGGGAGCAUAGUUUAUUCUAAAAGUCAAUUUCAACAUGUGCACGUUGGUCCUGUCUUUUUGUAGUCGUGUGUUGUCAACCAGACCAGGCAGUCCUGGCUGUGUUCCUAGUUGCAGAACUAGUUGUGAAACUAAUUUUAGGCCCAAGUCCAAAGAUUAAAGCGAGUAAGAGAGUAAAACUAUGAGUGAUAUGAGUGUGCUCAGAGAAUCUACAGGGUCAUUCAUGUCAAAGCAGGCGAAGGUCACCGUGUUUGAUGAAGUAUUGUCCCAUUUACAUAAUGUUAUGUUAGUGCUGGAAGUUUCUUGGUAUAUUGUAUCCCAAAGUGUUCUUGCUAUUGCACAGAAAUCAUGAUUAUUGUAUCAGGGACUUUGUAGUCAUAGCUGAUCCAGCUGUGUUGUGAUUUGAGACCGCUGUUCGUCAAGUGUUGGUUAACAGUGGUAAGGUCAUGGCUGACUUGUAAAUUAUUGAUCACAUGAACUGGAAGAACUAGAGCAGGAUUUGAAUGCUGGAAACCAGGCGUGAACUCCAUUGUCUGUUGUUAUUAGCAGUCAGGGUGUGCAGUAAAUCACUGUUCCAGAUAAAUGGGUGUUACAUUGAUACAUUUACUGUUAAGCUGUUACUUUGUAGGCCUGUUAUGUGUUGGAAGUGAAAUAUUACGACAGCUACUGGAAGCCCAUCGAGGAACUUGGCUGAGUUUACCACUGCUAUUUACACGUUGUCUGUGUUUGUGGUGGUACUUUUUCUAACUUGAUGAGGAUCACCUCAAUUCACUUGCAGUUUUUGUCCCUUCUUCCCUACUUUCUCACUUCCUGUACUAGCUGGUCAGUGUCACUCAAAGAGGAGGAGAUAGGGCAUUUGUUGGGGACUGUUCUGUUCAGUGGCAGAUUAAUCCUCAUUUGGUGCACUAGUGAGAAUUGCGGAUAGCAGGAUGCAGUAUUUAGUCAAAAUAAACUACUGUGUGUGUACUAAUGGUAAUGAAGGAGCAUGUGGCUCAUGGAUGUUUUAUUACUAGUUUUUUGUUUGUUUCUAUUUAUGACAAUGGAGCUCUAUGGCACAGGGGAAUAAUAUACCUCAGGCUUUGAAUACACUCACACUACUUGUUAGUAGGAUCAAUUCAUUGUUUGUUCAGGAUUUCUCCUUUUAGAUUGCGGGUAAAAUGUCAGAAAUAAAACAGGAGGCAUAUGAAUUGUCAAAUGAAAUAUGAUCAAAACAUCCAUGUGUGAAUGGAAAGACAAAAAUCUGAACUACAAAUCAUUUCUACUUUACACUUUUACCCAUCAUUUUCAAAUGCAUGCUGUGUAGUUUCAGGUGUGUUUUUCCUUCUGUUCAAGGCAGCCAUCGGUUCCUGUUCAUGUCUUUAUGGCAUGAAAAUCAAAUGGCAAACUACAAAAACUUGCACAAAUGGUCUAACAGUGAACGACAAGUCUGCAUUAUUAUUGUUCAAAGUAUCUUGUGCAGUGAAGCAGUGCAGAUUAUUUAAAUCUGCAGUAAAACCACAUUACCAGGUUCUGAUUGUGUAAAUGCUAAAAAUCAGUUGAUGUUCACAGUGAGCGACUGUACAACGCACACAAUUUCAAUAGUCUGCUGAUAGAUUUUCAUGUCUAUCAUUCAAAGAAAUGAAUGUAAACUAGUGACUGCCUCGAACGGUAGCAAAAUCCUCCGCAUCCAGAAAUCUAAAGCACAACAGCAUGAUUUGCACAAUGGUUAGCUGUGAUGUUAAAUGUUGUGUAAUUUGUAGUAAAUGGGACAAAACGUGCAAAACUUCUGGUAUGGUACUAUAAUACCUUUUUGAGAAUUAUUUGCCCAAUCCACUGAAAAUUCAGUCAUUUGCAGUAGCAUGUAGUAUGAAAGAUUUUUACUUAUUCUUUUUAAAUUGCAUAAUUGAGUUGCCAGUUCACCUAUUUUAAUGAUUGUGGACAACAGAUCAGUAUAAAAAAGUCAUUAUUGCAGUAGCACUCUCCAGCCUUCAUAUGUGAUUAGCUGUGUUUCCAUAGUGUGCUGGACUGUAGAUGCUGUUCCAGAACUCUGGAGGCCUGGUGUGUCCUGUCACUGACUCUGUGCUGGCAUUCUAUUUAGGCUGUCAUAUGUGUGUGUGUCGCUGUUGUUGUUGUCGUCGUCAUCCACCUCAGUUCCUGGUAGCAUGUGGCUCAUCCUCACUCUGUCCCUGACACUGACUGUUGAGUGUUUAGAGUGUAAUCAACCCCACACACAGAUGAUCAUUCUUGGUUUCGUUUCUCUCUCCUGUCUGUGUUCCAUUGCUGUUUAACCUAGGUUUGUCUCCCUGUUGUGUUUUUCUUUUUGUUUUUUCUAGAUCUCUUCCUGUUUGCCCUAGCAUGUUGAUGUGGCGUCACAGUUCAUCGUCCAGUCCUUGUCUUCUGCGCUUCUCUGAUGCUUCCAAAUUCACCUUUGACCUUGUGUUUGACAUUUAUUACUCAGAGGUUUUGUUUUGUUGUUUCCCAUAUGUCCUCUGUGCUGCCAACAGGGGCACUAGAAAGACUGCCACUGAACAUGUUUAAAAGUGAUAUCACAAUUAUUACAAGCAAAAAGAGAAUCUAUUUUUCUAGAACCGACUGACAUAACCACUAGAUUUUUGCGAAAUCAGCCUGACAUGAGUCUGACCUUUACCUUUGUUUUUAUCUCCUGUGUUGUGGAGCAGUCCUCCCAGUGCCCCCAUCCUCUGGUUUUGUUGUGUUUUUGGUGUGAAAGCAGCUAACCUGUCCCUAGGCGAUGUUGUGUGUGAGUGUUGCUGUGUGUCACCUAAGUUAGAAGAACUUUGCAAGCAAGUUAGUGGUCAUGUAUUGUUGGACAUUUGUAAUUUAAUGCUAGGCUAGCUAAGGGUUCCUCCCUGAGAGUUCCCAUGUGAGUGGUGUAAUGAAGAGGUAACAUUUAUUGUCAGUGUAAAAAUCAGUUUUUACUUUAAGCCUGUUGGCUCACCACCGCAAGCACAUGAUGCUGUUCUGCUCUUCUUUUGUGUGGAGAAUCAGACUCAGAAGACUUUUGUCACAGUAUAUUUAGUAUGGAUGUUUUUUUUUAAUAUCUGCACUGAAAUUCUUUGCAAAAUGUGAUCUAGUUUGUGUUAAGUUAAAAUGAUGAAUAAACUGGUGCCAAAUGUUUUGCACAAUCAGUAUUUUCCCCUUUUAUUGGACUUGCUUCACUGGUUCACAGAUUAGCUGUAGAAGCAGGGGUUGGUUGGUGUGGCAGGUGGCAUCAUGUACAGCAGGGUUUUACUGAAAUACUGACUCAGGCUUGAUGUAAAGUUGACUGGUUGCAACAUGAAAUUCAUUUUGUGUGGAACUGCAUGGACCCGAAGUGCUCCAAGACCUAUAUGAAGUACAAGUGACCUGCUUAUAAGCAGUGGUGUGUAUACUCUACUGUGUGUAUUCAUUGAAUAGAACCCAGAGACUUCACAGACCCACACUCAUUUAAACUGCAGUCUGUUUGCCUGACCAGUGUACCACCGCUGUGACCUCAACAGAGUGUAAUCUGCCACUCACCAAUGAGCUCAUCCAGAAACUGAAAUCUAACUGCAAAUUCAUCGGAGGGUUCUUGGAGAGAACUGUGUACCUUAUUGGUACAAAUUAAGGAGGGAAUCAAGACAAGUUCAAAUGGUACAUUUUGAAUCUGUUAAUUCCUGUUCAUUGCUAGCGUGAGCCACAGAGUCUUUUAGUCAGGGCACAGCACACAAAAAUGUGAAAUUUAUCUGCACGCAGGAUUCACCUUAUAUGUAGAAGACAAUUCCCAAUAAUACAUUGUGUCGUUAGAAUCACACAGCUCUGGCUGACUUUUUUGUCAAAUAAACCAUCCUUUGACAUUUUGUGCACAAUUAGUUUGAGUGUGGUACAUUUAUGGCACUAAAAAAAAGAGAAAUAGCUCUGUUGCUAAUAUCAUUCUCCAACUUGACUCAACAUGGUUGAAUACCUGUAAAGCACCAAUCAGAGCCCCAGAUUUACACAGGAGGACCAAUCAGGUUCUGCCUCUUUACCAUGUCAUCUGAGGUUAAAAAAGCUGAAAAGAACAUGACAGUUGCUCAAUCUUAAAUCUUGAAAUGUCAGAAUUGAUGAUUUUAUGGACAAUAUUACGAAUGACACUCAUCUUAGGUGAGACAAUCAAAGACAAAUUCAGGUUUGCUGUUAGCUGAUUGCUGACCAGUUGUAAUCUGAUGCUAACUGUACCGCACACCUAACUGGCUUUCAUCAAUGAUGACAUUGAUGGUUGUACAGCUUAUCCAUGAAAAAAGAAGAAGCAAAUUCAGGGGCAGAGAAGAGCCCAGAAAAGAACAGAAUAGUUACUUAGUUUUGUUUUUUUUAGGAAAUGACAGACCCAUUAAAAUAAAGCCUUACAGACUAUUGUCCAAACACUUGCUUAAAGGACCACAACAGUGUUUCAGUGGCCAUGAACACAAUUCAUGUAAACUUCUGUCCGUACCUUGGAAGGACACAAUCACGUUCUACAACCCUUUUUUUUUCAUAGAACAAAAGAAUCCAAAGUUCUUAAAUGUGAAGUGUUUUCCAAACACAAGCAGCCACACAAGAAAAAUUAAAAUUUUAAAAUAGUGAAAGAAUAUUUUGAAUCAGGAACUGUCUCAUCCAAACAGCAAAAAGCAGAAAUCACUUAAGCUAGAUUAUGAAUCCGUGCAGACAUACACAGUUUUCAGCAGUGCCAUGGAAACAUUUAAGAUGAUACCAUAAAAAGAACAGCUUUGAGACUCAGCCUUACUUUUAUCUGGUUAACAGCGAGCUGUGGCUGUACGAAUUUUCUAAAGUGCACCGUCAGCCUGUUUCCAUAGAUGAUGAAGUCAGUGUGGAGGUACUUGAAACUUCCGUCACGCAGCUCAACCAUCAUGUCUGUUUUAAUAGUCCUGUGAGUUAUGUUGUAUAAGGCAGGGCAAACCCUUCUGAAGGCAUUCAGCUCCUAUAACUGCAUCCCAUCAUAGUGGUAACACCACAGCAGCAACAACAGAAGCAGCCAAGAGGUUCAUUAGUUGAUUGCAUAACUGAUGCAUAUCUGAUGUAUCAACAAGUUGACUUUACCUCAAAGCCGCAAAACUACAGAGGCCUGGAAGGGACACAGACCAAAAUGUUACAAAAGAUUCGGGGAGGGAUAAAACCUUUGCACAAUCUGUUGAACUUCUGUGUUUUCCCAAGGUAUAUUUUGCCAGUGUUCCUCCAGCUGAAAGAGUGCUGGUCAGACAAAAUGUACAUUAAAAACCUCCAGACACACAAGCAUGUUACCAGCAGCUGUGUGGGACCCUCAACUGUAACUCCACUGUACAUGACUGACUGUCCGCUGUAAAACCUUUUAACAAUGAUGUGCCCAGAUACUUUCUCUGACCUGCACUUUAUCCUCACACUGACAUCUGACCUGGACAUGUUUGAAAAAGAUGGACAGGCCCUCCACAUCAGCCACACAUUAUAAGGAUAACGUUACCAAAAAUGAAAUCAUUUACAUUUAAUUUUUAACUGAGAGUAAACUGUCACAGCAGAAGGUCUUAAGUAGGUUAUGCUCCAGUCAGCCCAUUCCAUCUGGCCUCCUCACUUAGAAUGACACAUGUUGUAGUGCUUUUGUUAUUUUAUUGACAACAGUUGAAGAUCUAUGCUUUCAUUUCGUAUGAAGUUGAAAAAACAAAUUACAGUUGUCACACUGUUAAACAUCUUAAAGUUCUCUGUUUAUUUUGAAGGCCCAACACAUACCCAGGGUUUUCUUGUUAGAGGUGGAAUGCAUGUUAUGAACAUCCAUUGCUGUUUCCUAGAUACCCUGGAAAUACAUAGAUCAUAGAUGAGAAUUCAGAAGGUUAAAAAAAAUGAUGAGAACUAAUAGUGCACCUGAUUUGUAAUAACUGAGUUAAAACAUGCUGAUAUGGCCCUUUAAUUUAGUAAUGAAAGAUAAUUGACUUAUGUGAGGUAAGGCACUCAGCUUUCACACAUCAUAUGAAUCUGAAGGCAUGUCCACAAGGCUAAAUGAAAGGUGGGUUUUUGUGACUACAUGACAAACUGGAGUAGAGUCUGUGUUCUCUGCUGUGCAGCUCCCACUGCUCCACUGCAUUGAAACUAAUGCAUUUUUGUUUUCUGUUGAGUAUUAUAUUGUUGUGAUUUUGAUGUGAAACCUCACUGAACUGCUUGAACUAACUCCCUGUUUUUUCUUUUCUUUGGGGUGGGAUCUGUGUCUUGGAUUGUUUUUAAGCUCUGGAUCUUUGCUUUGUGCACCACAUGAAAUGCAGUGCAGUCCAGCUGUCAUUUCUGUGAGUUGACUUUGUGAUCCAUAUUGCUUGGUUGGUUGUUUGGUUUCUGUACAAAUAAAAUGUU